GGGCGUGAGCGGUGGAGGCUGCGUGGAAGGGGCAGGUGAAGAAAUGCUGGUAAUACCCCUUCUUCAUGGUGGAGGAGAAAUGGGUCCUGUGCAACCAGAUCAGGGCUUAGUGCUCUUCAAAGAGGUGGCCGUGUAUUUCACCAAGGAGGAGUGGUCUCUGCUGGAUCCGAGCCAAAGGACCCUGCACGAACAAGUUAUGAUGGAAAACUUUGCAAACGUGUCAUAUUUGGAGACCUGUGAUGUGCCAGGGAUCAAGGCAGAAGAAGGACAGGGAAUAUUCUUAGAAAGAGCGAGUCCUGAAGAACGAAAAGAGCAGAGAAAUCUAAAUACUCAUUUGAAAAUCCACACAGGAGAGAAGCAACUGAAAUGCUCAAAGUGCAGUAAAAGUUUCUAUGAUAAAGCUACCCUCAGAGAACAUCUGAGAAUCCACGCAGAGAAGAAACCAUUUAUGAGUCUGAAGUGCAGAAAGGCCUUCAGUUGGUGUGAUUUACUUUCUUCACAUCAAAGGAAUUACACAGAUGAGAAGCCCUUUAAAUGCCUGAAGUGUGGAAAGGCACUUUCUUCGAAUUCAGCGCUUACUGUACAUCAAAGGAUACACGUCGGGGAGAAGCCAUUUAAAUGCCUGGAGUGUGGAAAGGCAGUUUCUUCGAAUUCUGCUCUUACUGCACAUCAAAGAAUUCACACAGGAGAGAAGCCAUUUAAAUGCUUGGAGUGUGGAAAGAGCUUCACUCAGAGUGCGCAACUUACUUCACAUCAAAGAGUUCACACAGGUGAGAAGCCAUUUAAAUGCCUGGAGUGUGGAAAGGCAUUUAAUUCGAAUAAUUCUCUAACUGAACAUCAAGGGAUACACACUGGGGAUAAGCAAUUUAAAUGCCUGGAGUUUGGAAAGGCCUAUACUCGAAGUAAUACUCUUACUCAACAUCAAAGAAUCCACACAGCGGUGAAGCCAUUUAAAUGCUUCGAUUGUGGAAAGAGCUUCACUCAGAGUAGUUCACUUAUUUCACAUCAAAGAGUUCACACAGGUGAGAAGCCAUUUAAAUGCUUGAAGUGUGGAAAGAGCUUCAUUCAGAGUGGGCAAUUGACAGAACAUCUACGUAUCCACACAGGGGAAAAGUCAUUUAAAUGCUUGGAGUGUGGAAAGGCUUUCCGUUACAGUGCUUCACUUAGCUCUCAUCGGAGAAUCCACACAGGGGAGAAGCCAUUUAAAUGCCUGGAGUGUGGAAAGAGCUUCAUGCAGAGUAUACAACUUACAGUACAUCAACAUAUCCACGCAGGAGAGAAUCCAUUUAAAUGCCUGGUGUGUGGAAAGGCAGUUUCUUCAAAUUCUGCUCUUACUGCACAUAAAAGAAUACACACAGGGGUGAAGCCAUUUAAAUGCUUUGAGUGUGGAAAGAGCUUCACUCAGAGUAGUUCACUUAUUUCACAUCAAAGAGUUCACAUAGGAGAGAAGCCAUUUAAAUGCUUGGAGUGUGGAAAGGCCUUCUCUAAUAGUAGUUCACUUAUUUCACAUCAAAGAGUUCACACAGGUGAGAAGCCAUUUAAAUGCCUGGAGUGUGGAAAGGCAUUCAGUUGGUCUCAUGCUCUUACUGUGCAUCAAAGGAUACACACAGGUGAGAAGCCAUUUAAAUGCUUGGAGUGUGGAAAGGCUUUCUCUAAGAGUAGUUCACUUAUUUCACAUCAAAGGAUACACACAGGUGAGAAGCCAUUUAAAUGCCUGGAGUGUGGAAAGGCAGUUUUUUCAAAUUCUGCUCUUACUGCACAUCAAAGGAAACACACAGGGGAGAAGCCAUUUAAAUGCCUGGAGUGUGGAAAGGCCUAUCCUUGGAGCAAUAAACUUAUUGAACAUCAAAGAAUUCACACAGGAGAGAAGCCAUUUAAAUGCCUGGAGUGUGGAAAGAGCUUCACUCUGAGUGCACAACUUACUUCACAUCAACGAGUUCACACAGGUGAGAAGCCAUUUAAAUGCCUGGAGUGUGGAAAGAGCUUCACUCAGAAUGCACAACUUACUUCACAUCAAAGAGUUCACACAGGGGAGAAGCCAUUUAAAUGCCUGGAGUGUGGAAAGGCCUAUGCUCAGAGCAAUAAACUUACUGAACAUCAAAGAAUCCACACAGGAGAGAAGCCAUUUAAAUGCCUGGAGUGUGGAAAGGCCUUCCGUCGGAGUGAUAAACUUUAUAAGCAUCAAAGAGUUCAUACAGGUGAGAAGCCAUUUAAAUGCCUUGAGUGUGGAAAGGCCUAUACUCAGAGCAAUAAACUUACUAAACAUCAAAGAAUUCACAUAGGGGAGAAGCCAUUUAAAUGCCUGGAGUGUUGAAAGGUAUUCACUUGGAAUCAUGCUCUUACUGCACAUCAAAGAAUUCACAGGGGAACAAAAUCGUUUAAAUGCUUGCAGUGUGAGAAAUACUUCUGUGAUAAAUUCAUGUCAAAAAAUUCACAGCUUUCGUUUAAUGCUGUGGCCCUGUUCAGACAACACACUAAACCAUGGUGCUUAACCACAAAAAGCUUAAUGGGUUAAGAUUCUUCCAAGAAAUAGGGAAAAUAUUACCAAUCAAGGGAUUUGUAAAACUCAGUUGGCAUUAUUGAAUAUGUUUGUAAAAGAAAAUAGAGUGCGACAAGAAAAAUGUAUUUGGCUUUUUUUUUUACAGCCGAGAAUCAAAUCAAAUCACUUUAUUACGGUCCGACACCAGCAGAAGCCGAGAAGCAAUUAGUAGCAAUCAUCUCGUGAAGUGGCGUCCCAUUAAGCUUUUUGUGGUUAAGCAGCGUGGUUUAGCAUGUUGUCUGAAUGGGGCCAAUGUCUCAAAUUUUCUUUUUCCACAUAGCUAUUGUUAACAUGUGAACUGUCUUCCAGUUACUUGCUCUUGAUUGCUUCUCAGCUGUCAACAAAAAGCAAAUUAAUUUUUAUUCUCCUCUAUUUUCUUUAUGCUUAAUUCUUGUAUACAUACUCCCCUUAUUGUUGCUUUGCUUGUUCCCCAUCUGAUUGUUUCUGUUUCUUUCAAAAUAUCUUUCUAUCUUUUUAUUUUUUACAUCUUCCUUAGUUAAUAAAAUGGGGUUCAAUCUCCAUAUAUAAUUAUUUUUCAUUUUUCGUCUCUCUCUGCAUAUGCUUUAAUUUGGGCAUGGUCUGUUGUUUUUACUUGCCCAAUUCCCCCCCCCUCGCUUUUUUCUUCUUAAGAGUUUCUGUCACUAGAAUUAUGUCCAGCCUACUAAAUUGUUUGUAUAUUUCUGAAAAAUAAGUGUGUGAGUAAUCAUUAGGCUUUAUUCCAAUCCAUGUAUUAUAAAAAUCAUUUUUUUAAAUAUACUUUUCUACCCUGCUUUGUAGUUGUUCUUUGUAAUUUCACUCAUUGGUAUUGA